AUGAAAGACGGAGAUCAUGAAAGUGACGUAGUGUUGCAAUCGCCAGAUUAUUUACGAAAGGGUCAAGAUGCUCAAUUACUGAAGAGCUCAAUUGCAGGUGCAUUAGCGGGACUAGCUGCCCGUAAUGUAAUAGCUCCUCUAGAUACGUUAAAGAUUCGACUUCAAAUAACACCUAUUUUGAAAAGUGGUUCUGUUCAUAAUAUUACCAAUCCAUUCCAAUUAGGUCCGAGUUUAGUUGGACAGGUACAUAAGAUGAUACGGGAUGAAGGUAUACGAUCAUUCUGGAAGGGUAAUGUAUCGGGAUCUGCGAUGUAUGUAAUAUACAAUGGAUUCCAGUUCUGUACAUAUUCAUAUUUCAAUAAACAUUUGGCACCGUACACUGGAGACUGGCUAAAUUUACAUACCACAUUAGUGGGUGCACUUUCUGGAGUAUCGAGUUCCAUAUCCUCUUAUCCGUUUGAUAUAUUACGUACAAGGUCAAUUGCUAAUAAUCAAAUAAAAUUGUUUCGUAUACGUGAUGGAAUUGCAGAUAUAUGGAAUCAUGAAGGGUUUCGGGGAUUUUAUCAAGGUUCCGUUUCUGCUGUGUUAUCAAUCAGUAUUGGUACAUCGAUUAUAUUUGGUACUUACGAAGGGUUAAAAAUAUACUCUGAAAGGAAAUUACGAGAAGUUUCAGAACAAGGAGAAAGAUCAGAACCAUUAUUACAAAUAUUCAUGUAUAAGACACUAAACCAUAGUGCAAGUUCUAUCAGCGGCCUAUUAUCCAAGAUUGUAACGUUUCCUAUUGACACUGUAAGACGUCGAAUACUAUUGAAGGAUUCCAAUCAUCUUGAACAAUUUCUGGGAUCACAACAUCCCGAUAAAGGAGAGCUAUAUCAAUAUUUCACACAAUAUAAGAAAAAAAGACACGCAGAUAAAUUCACAUUACCAUUUGUAAUGAUUAGUAAACAAAUGCUAACGCAUGAGGGUCCGAAAGCUUUUUAUAAAGGGUUAUCGAUGGCUUUAGUUAAGACAGUCCCAUCUACAGCAGUGACACUCUGGUCGUACGAGACGAUCAUGCGUGCGAUGAAUUAA